AUGGAUUCAGAGCAUAUGGCGGAAACAAUAGAAUUAGUAAGAGAGAAAAAAAUGGGAAAAAAACCAAAAGAGAAGACUAAGGCUAAUUCAGAUGAUGAGGAGGUGAUGAUAUUUGAUACAGACAGUGAACCCGAUGCCUUGAUAGGAUAUACAGCUCCAGACUCUGAAGAUUCGGAGUGUAUAUUCUGUGGUGGGCUGUUUUCGAAUGAUACUCAUGGUGAAACAUGGAUCAAUCUUAUGUGUGGACUCUGGGCAUGUAAUGAUUGCGCUGGGCCAGAGUUUGAUACCUGGAUUUGUGAUUUUUGUAAAUAA